UGAGGCGACUCGACUUAGUCGCAUUGCAAAGCCAUCUACACACGGAGCACGCAAUAUUCCCGCUUUUUCUUGGAUGGGCGACCAUGCGUUAACUCCCCAGUCUAUCACUGGCGAAGAACAUCUGUUGUGUCUCGUCUUUCUUCCGAAUAUAAAUUAUAUGCGUGUCGCCAUGAGCUGUGCCCCGAGUCUUUUAUCUCCAUUGUUUAGUCUAGUGCCUGCCGCUCACAUCUCGACAACGCGACGAGCACUAGUAACAAAAAGCUCCUUUUGUUGUCUCUCGCGUUACCACGUAUCCAACAGGAAGAAAGAGAUUUGUUCCAUCGCCGCCCCUCUUGCUGGUGUUUAUGUUCCUGUGAGUGGAAGAAGCAUUCUCUCGCUGCAACCGUCCAAAGGAUUUGGAUUGGAUUGACUGCACCACGUCCGCCACUUCGUUUCAUUGCGCCCGGUCCUCCCCUCGACUAGACCGUCUGUUGCUCCAUUUAACUGUACUCACUUGUUCGUUUUCCUCGAAGAAUCCCAGCGGUAUCGCUGAAUAUAAAAGAGGUCCCCCCACUUCCAGUUCUCCCAAGACUCAGUGUCAACUCUCUCUCUCGGACUCUGUCGGCUUAACGAAAUGGCUUGCGCUUCCAUCUGCUCCCAGCAAGUAUCGGCCAAGCUUAGCCGAGACUCGCUCAAUUCUCCUGCUUGCAGCAGCUCCGCGGCUUUGGCAUUCAAGUCCAAUGUUUCCGGAAGCAUCCGAGAGUUUGGCUCUGCAGCCAAGCUUGCUAAAACUGCUCCACAUUCUCAGCAGAGUACCGUCGUGGUUCGAGCUUCAGCGCUGUCCGAGGCACCUGAAUACUUCUCCGAGAAGCCUCCGACGCCACUGCUGGACACCAUCAACUAUCCACUUCACAUGAAAAACUUGGGAGUUUCUGAUCUGGAGCAGCUGGCUGAGGAGCUCCGGAACGAGACCAUCUUCUCUGUUUCCAAGACUGGCGGUCACUUGGGAUCCAGCCUGGGAGUAGUGGAGCUCACUGUCGCGCUCCACCAUGUGUUCAACACGCCGGAAGAUAAAAUUCUGUGGGAUGUCGGCCACCAGACGUAUCCUCACAAAAUUCUCACGGGACGGAGGUCCAGAAUGCACACGUUGCGGCAGACCGACGGCAUUUGUGGCUUCACCAAGCGUUCUGAAAGCGAAUAUGAUCCAUUUGGUGCCGGACACAGCUCGACAACGAUCUCCGCUGGCCUGGGAAUGGCUGUUGCAAGAGACCUCCAAGGCAAGAAGAACAACGUGAUUGCAGUCAUUGGAGACGGCGCCAUGACGGCCGGACAAGCAUACGAAGCGAUGAACAAUGCGGGAUACCUGGACACAAACAUGAUUGUCAUUCUUAACGACAACAAGCAAGUCUCCCUACCAACAGCAACUCUGGACGGCCCGGCUCCACCAGUUGGAGCUCUCAGCAGUGCUCUGAGCAGGCUACAGUCGAGCAAAAAGCUUCGAGAGCUGCGCGAAGUGGCAAAGGGAGUUACCAAGCAAAUCGGAGGACACAUGCACCAGCUUGCUGCCAAGGUCGAUGAAUAUGCUCGCGGAAUGAUCAGUGGUACCGGAGCUACUUUCUUUGAAGAACUCGGCCUGUACUACAUCGGUCCCGUUGACGGGCACAGGAUUGACGAUCUUAUCACCAUCCUCAAAGAGGUUAAGGCAGCUGAGACAAUUGGACCGGUCCUGAUUCACGUUGUCACUGAGAAGGGGCACGGCUAUCCUUACGCAGAGAGAGCUGCAGACAAGUAUCAUGGAGUUGUCAAGUUUGAUCCUGCAACUGGCAAGCAGCAAAAAGGAAAGCCAGCAACCAAGGCAUACACCACAUACUUUGCAGAGUCCCUCGUUGCAGAGGCACAGAAGGACGAGAGCAUCGUAGCAAUCCACGCAGCAAUGGGUGGAGGCACGGGCCUCAACAUCUUCCAGAAGCAGUUUCCAGAGCGAUGCUUUGAUGUUGGCAUUGCAGAGCAGCAUGCAGUAACUUUUGCCGCUGGACUUGCGAGCGAAGGAAUCAAGCCUUUCUGCGCAAUUUACUCUUCAUUCCUCCAAAGAGGAUACGACCAGGUGGUUCACGACGUCGACCUUCAAAAACUCCCAGUCAGAUUUGCAAUGGACAGGGCAGGACUCGUUGGAGCAGACGGACCGACACAUUGCGGUGCAUUUGAUGUCACUUACAUGGCUUGCCUUCCAAACAUGGUGGUCAUGGCACCCGCUGACGAAGCCGAACUCAUGCAUAUGAUUGCUACAGCAGCGGCCAUCGACGACAGACCAUCGUGCUUCAGAUAUCCUCGCGGGAACGGUAUUGGAGCGUUACUUCCGGCUGGAAACAAAGGAACACCGGUUGAGAUUGGAAAAGGAAGGAUACUGGUUGAAGGAUCCCGCGUUGCUCUCCUGGGCUACGGAACCAUGGUACAAAACUGCCUGGGGGCCCGUAACCUGCUUCAAGAACACGGCUUAUCUGUCACAGUUGCAGACGCCCGAUUCUGCAAGCCUCUGGACCAGCAGCUAGUAAGGCAGCUCGCAAAGGAGCACGAAGUUCUCAUCACCGUGGAAGAAGGAUCGAUUGGUGGUUUUGGAUCUCAUGUUGUUCACUUCUUAGCGCUCGACGGUCUUUUGGAUGGAAAGCUCAAAUGGAGGCCUAUUGUACUUCCAGACCGUUACAUUGACCACGGAUCACCUCAGGACCAAAUGGCAGAGGCUGGACUCACAUCCUCGCACAUUGCUGCCACAGCCUUGAGCAUGCUCGGCAAAACAAGAGAAGCUCUGCACCUCAAGUCCAGGUAGCCAAAUAGUAAAAGAUUCUAAAUUGAAAUUCGUAGACAAAACGUUCACCCUGUAAAUGUUCGAUUGCGGCAUGUGAAGAAGAAUCAACUUCAUAAUAAAACUCCGCCAGGAGAAUACUUACCAAGUCA